AAAUUCGGGUUUGGGCAAUGCCCACUCGAUCCAAACCGAAAAGAACCCAACAAUCUAGGGUUUGGUGAUUCUUUUAUAUCUUUCUACACAGGGACUGAAAGACCUUUCGCUUCCAAGCCGCUUGCAGCUGAACGAGGAAGAGUGAUUUCUAGACCUCAGGUAAGGAAUGGUGAAGCAUAACAAUGUUGUGCCUAAUGGGCACUUUAAAAAGCACUGGCAAAACUAUGUCAAGACAUGGUUUAAUCAACCUGCUCGAAAAACAAGGAGACGAAUUGCACGUCAAAAGAAGGCUGUGAAGGUCUUUCCUCGGCCUACAGCAGGACCUCUCCGGCCAAUUGUCCAUGGACAGACUUUGAAGUAUAAUAUGAAAUUGAGGGCUGGUAGAGGGUUCUCUCUUGAAGAGCUCAAGGCUGCUGGUAUUCCAAAGAAACUUGCUCCUACAAUUGGAAUAGCUGUUGAUCACCGUAGGCAGAACCGAUCAUUGGAGGGCUUACAAGCCAAUGUUCAGAGGCUGAAGACAUACAAGGCCAAAUUGGUUGUCUUCCCAAGACGUGCUCGCAAGUUCAAGGCUGGUGAUUCUGCUCCUGAGGAGCUAGCAACAGCAACCCAAGUCCAAGGACAAUUCAUGCCUAUUGUACGUGAGAAGCCAUCAGUGGAGCUUGUUAAGGUCACAGAGGAGAUGAAAUCAUUCAAGGCAUAUGACAAGCUGUGUCUGGAACGGAUGAACCAGCGCCAUGCUGGUGCCAGGAUGAAGAAGGCUGCAGAGGCUGAGAAAGAAGAAAAGAAGUAGCAAGCAUUUCAAAGUGUUGAAUGUUGCGCUCUGCAAUUUCGCUUGAUUUUGUUUACUGGAACUGUCUCAAACCAUUAUUAUUAACCUUUAUAAUGUUUGUGGAGUAUUUGGUAUUAUUUAUGAUGGUUGGAACUUUACCAAUUUUGUUUAUUAA